AUGAUUGCUUCUCGAGUAUUCGCUGCUCCAGCUCGCCAGUGCUUGCGAAAAGCUUGCACCCAGCCCACCUGGGCUCCGGCAUACUUCCAGACUCAACCUAGACGCUAUGCUUCGACCGCGGAAGCGGACAAGGUCGCAAAAUUCAAGGGCACGAAAGGAUCAGACGGAAACUACACCGUGACAUUAAUAGAAGGAGAUGGCAUUGGGCCCGAGAUCUCGCAAUCCGUUAAGGACAUCUACAAAGCUGCAAAGGUGCCGAUUGUGUGGGAGCCCGUCGAUGUCACGCCUCGCUUGAAGGAUGGCCGGACGGUCAUUCCCGAUGAAGCCAUCGAGUCCGUGAAAAAGAACUACGUCGCGCUGAAGGGGCCCCUUGCUACCCCCGUGGGCAAGGGCCACGUCUCUCUCAACCUUACCCUCCGACGAACCUUCAACCUGUUUGCCAAUGUCCGGCCGUGCCGCAGUAUAGAGGGCUACAAGACCCCCUACGACAACGUGGAUACGGUGCUUAUUCGAGAGAACACCGAAGGAGAAUAUUCAGGUAUUGAACAUGUCGUGGUGGACGGUGUCGUGCAGUCCAUCAAGCUGAUCACUCGUGCUGCCUCCGAGCGGGUCUUGAGAUACGCAUUCCAAUACGCUCGGGAUGUGAACAAGAAGAAGGUCCGCGUGGUGCACAAAGCGACCAUCAUGAAGAUGUCUGAUGGCCUCUUCCUCAGCACCGCAAGGGACGUCUCGAGAGAUUUUCCUGAUAUUGAGUUCGAUGCCGAACUCCUCGACAACGCUUGCUUGAAGAUUACGACCGACCCGGGCCCAUAUUCCGAUAAGGUUCUGGUCAUGCCCAACCUCUACGGUGAUAUUCUGUCCGACAUGUGCGCUGGCUUGAUCGGCGGGUUGGGUCUCACUCCGUCGGGCAACAUCGGCGACGAAUGCUCCAUCUUUGAAGCUGUGCAUGGUUCCGCUCCGGAUAUCGCAGGAAAAGCCCUUGCGAACCCGACCGCUCUGUUACUGAGCAGCAUCAUGAUGCUCCGGCACAUGGGGUUGAACGAGCAUGCAGUCAAGAUCGAGAAUGCAAUUUUCGCCACGUUGAAGGAGGGUAAGACCUUGACGGGUGAUUUGGGCGGAAAGGCCAAGACACACGAAUAUGCCGCCGCCAUUAUCAGCCACUUGUAA